AUGCGCAGUAUCCUACGCGGCAGCAACUUUCCCGUCCGCAUGUGGGAAUAUGCCCUCUCCACAGUGGUCUUUGUUAAGAACAAGACGCCACAUUCUGCAGUCAAGCAUCAAAUCCCAAAUCUGGUCUUUGGCGGGCGCGACACCGCCGACCUUAGCCUCCUGCGCACCUUUGGCUGCCGCGUCUGGGUCCACCGCCCCUCUACGGCGCGCAUUGGGACCACAAAGCUUGCCGCCAAAGCAGACCCACGCGUCUUCUGUGGGUAUAAUCCCACCACAAAGGGAUAUCACGUGUACGACCCUGACACCCGUUCUGUCUCCACAGCCACGGACGUCGCUUUUGUCGAGCAUGUAUUUCCACUCCUUCAGGCCGCCGCCGAGGACGACAUGGACCGAAGUGACGAGGACAGCGUCCCCCCCCCCAGAUGGCGACACCGCCACUUCCCUCCCCUUUGAGGCGCCAGUUGGACUACCUACCCCUGACACAACAGACCCCGCAAGCUCCACGGUUGACGAAUUCACCACCACAGAGCCCGCUACAGCCUCAGGAGCUGGCACACCUCGCCGCUCGACACGACGAGCACCGCCACCACGCCCUGCAGACGGGAUGGUACCUACUUUCCGACCGCGGGGAAACGACCCUGAUCACCUUGUCAGCUGCGCAGCCGUUGAUCUUGACAGCAUCGACCACGGCUCGCUUGUGUAUGGCCUCGCCACGCACUUUGCAGUGGAAACCGACCCCAACAAUUACCGUCAGGCCAUGUCCUCACCCUCGUCUACACUCUGGAAGGCUGCCAUGGAUGCUGAGCUCCAGGCACAGACCAAGGCGGCCACGUGGACUCCAGUGCCUUGCCCAGACGGAGCACAGGUCAUCCACUCGCAGUGGGUCUUCAAGACAAAGCGCAACGCGCAGGGUGAAGUGGAGCAUCACAAAGCAAGGGUGGUUGCGCGCGGAGAUCAGCAGUCUGCCGAUAGCGCCGAGACUUAUGCACCAGUAGCUAGCAUGAAAAGCUUUCGUCUGCUGUCCUCGCUGGCUGUCCAUUUUGGGUGGGAGCUCCACCAAACCGACUUCGACACCGCUUACUUGAACGCCGCGCGCAGUGGACAGGCAGUCUACAUGCACCCCCCGCCAGGCAUGGAACUGGCCCCUGGCAGCGUCCUGCAAAUUGACAAAGCGCUCUAUGGUUUGCGUACAUCGGCCCUGGACUGGUUCCAGUGCCUUAGCGACGCACUUGAAAGCAUCCACUUCCGUCGUUCGGUCAUUGAUCAGUGCGUUUUUGUCCGCAAACAGGAUGGUGCGCACGCAUAUCUCGCAAUCCAUGUAGACGAUGCCCUUAUCACCGGCAGCUCUGCCGCGGCCAUAGCCGCUGUCAAGGCGGACUUGGGGCGUUUCUUCAAGAUCAAAGACAUCGGGCAGGCGUCCCACUGCCUUGGCAUGCAAUUCACCAGGUCGCCACAGGGUCUCCUCAUCUCGCAACAAGCAUACAUACGCGAUAUCUCCAAACGUUUUCAGCAGUACAAGGGCACUCACUCGGGGACUCCCCUUCCUGCGCACGUAACGUUCUCCCAACACAGCGGAGAGCCGGUGAAGGAACCGUACCUCCAGGUACUCGGCUCGCUCAUGUGGGUCAUGAUUGGGUCCCGCCUCGACAUUGCCUACGCAGUGGGAGUUCUCAGCAGGUACUCGUCCAAACCUGGCCCUGAUCAUUGGCAAGCGUUGCUCGGCGUCCUUGAGUACGUUCGGGAUACCGCGAACAGAGGCCUCUGGUACGCUGCGCGCCCUGGUACCACGCCAGCGCUCCAGGUCUUCUGCGAUGUCAACUUUGCUGGCGACACGGAUACCUCACGAAGCACGUCGGGACACCUUGCGCAGCUUGGAGGCCAUACUAUCUCCUGGGUAUCACAACGACAAAAACGCGUGUCGCGCUCCACGGUCGAGGCAGAAUACAUCAAGCUCUCUGCGGCUGCGUCCACAGCCGUGCACCUGCGCGAGCUGCUCAGCGACAUUGGCCUUGCCUAUCUUGUAGCAUCGCCCACGCCCCUCUUCUGCGACAAUGAAGGGGCGGUCUCCAACGCGAAGAACGGCAAAAGCAGCUACCGCAAUUGUCACGUAAGGAUUGACGAGCACGUGGUGCGCGAGAGCGUGACUCGCAAAGAGUGCUCCGUGGUGGCUAUCCGCACAAAGGAACAACUUGCCGACGUUUUCACCAAGGCCCUCGCACGCUCCACCCUGGAACAGCACAUGCCCCGCAUUGGGAUUGUUGAUCGUUCUCCAUAA